AUGGACGAGCUAAAUAUAAAGCUUGGUCAGAAUAUCAACACCCUCAAUGCCUAUCUUGAUGCAUCAGAGCUACCUCGUCCCUCCUUCGAUAGAGAUACCCCGCCGGUUGUCCUUCCUCACGAUGCACCCCCAGAAGUCCAGGAUGCCCGACAGCAGAUCAUGGAUGCCUCCCUACGUUUGUUUCGUCUUGCUGCUGGACCGAGCGAGUACAUCAGUAAUUUCCGAACAGGGUUCAACGAGACGGCAGUGGUCCAAUGGCUCGUACACUUUCAGAUAUUCGACAUCGUGCCGACAGAGAAAUCCAUUUCGUAUGCAGAGCUGGCUGACAAGGCUAAUGUCGCAGUCGUCCACGCAAAGAGCAUCAUCCGCAUGGCGAUGACCAGUGGGGUUUUCGAGGAGCCCGAGCCUCAACAAGUUGGACACUCUGCCAUAUCGCUGUAUAUUCGGAAUAAUCAGCACGAGCGGACGCGCGCUUCAUAG